AUGAGACUUGUUAGAAAUUAGAUAAAAUUCAAUACAUAAUUACAAUUCAGAGCUUUCAAAAAAAGAAAUUAUAAAGUAAGAAACAUACUGCUAGCUAUAGACUUGAUACUUCUACUUUCUAAUUACUUUGUUUCUUAUUCAAUUGGAUUAAAACUAUUCGAAGGUGAAUCCUUAAGUUAAAUGAAGAUUAUAUUUGUCUUGACAAUUGCUUUAAGAAUAAUUCUCUAUGGGUUCCUUCUUGUUAAGUUAAUUUAGUAUUUUAGCUUUUUCGUUGGUUAAAAGAUGCAAAGAGUUUAUGAGAGAGGGCAGUAAAUUUCAUGCAAAUUCAGAAUAGUUGUAAUAUGGGUUUAUUUUCUUUUUCUAUCAUACUUCCUAGAUGUGAUGUUCGAGUCUGGAUUAUAGAUUUUAUACGCCUAUGUACCAAAUAAUUUUUACAAUUUUAAUUUGAUCUAUCGAUAUGUGUAUAUGACUACUUAUUUAAUGAGUCAAGCAUUGACUUUCCUCUAUCUUUUUUAUACUUAAGCCUCCUUUAACGAAGCAGAAUCACCAAUUUACAAAAAUGGUAAAUUAAUAUCGAAAGACAAGGACACGCGAUAUGUCACAACACUACUUUCAGAAGAUAACCCUCAUUACAUUGUAAAUGAUGGUUACAACAAUGUAUUAAAAUCAAAAUAAAUUUCUCAAGAUAUUUAGAGUUCAGACUUUCAUCAAACAAAUUUCAAUAACGAAUAAGCUAUCUAUGAUUAUGAAAAUCAGGGUUCAUUUGAUGAAAGUAGCAGCAAAAUAAUUUUAACAGAUGAAAGUGCAAGUGAAUUCAAUGAAGAAUAAGAUUAUAGUUAGCAGUGUUUUCUAUCAGACUCUGAAAGUAGUCAGUUUAUAAGAUUUUUAGAGGGAAGUAUAAAAAAGUCAAUAUUAUAAAAUUCCUCACCCAAAGGACAAAAAAAAAUAUUAGACAAGUCCUAGAAAUGA